AAAUAUGACAGAGUUAUGUGUUUGACGUUGACGUUGACGUUGACAUUUGACACUGACAUUGACAGUUUACUAGAGCGAGUCAGCGGACUUAUUGCUUAUUUGGCCAAAAUUAAAUUGUUGAAAUACUUAUAUUUAAAUCUUGUUUUUUUUGAAGAAAUUAAAUUUAAAACAAUGGCUGGAUAUUCUGAAGAUCAACUAGCGGAGUUCCAGGAGGCGUUCCAGCUGUUCGACUCGCGCGGCGACGGCAAGAUCCACGUGGCGCAGAUCGGAGACGCCCUGCGCGCGCUGGGGCAGAACCCCACCGAGUCAGAUGUCAAAAAGUGCACCUUGCACCUGAAGCCCGACGAGAGGAUUUCCUUUGAAGUGUUCCUGCCCAUAUAUCAGGCUAUAUCGAAGGCUCGCAGCGGAGACACCGCCAACGACUUCAUAGAAGGUCUGCGGCACUUCGACAAGGACGGCAACGGGUUCAUCUCUUCGGCUGAGCUGCGCCACCUGCUGUCCACGCUGGGGGAGAAGCUGAGCGACGAUGAGGUAGAGCAGCUGCUGCAGGGGCAGGAGGACUCCCAGGGAAACAUCAACUACGAGAACUUCGUACACCUCAUCAUGCAGGGCUAGUGGCCCCCUGCCCCGCCGCCUGCCCCGCCGCCUGCCCCGCCACCGGCCCCGCCACCUGCCCCGCCACCUGCCCCGACUACUACAACUUGACUAUCUACAAAUAUAUCUCUAGUAAAAACUAUUAUCCUCCUGCCUACAAAGUACCUACAGAUGUAGGUAGGAGGUUAAGUGGGUUCGCGAUUACUCGUAUUGCCGCUCGUCCGAGCGUCUCUCGACCGUCUUGUGCUAAAUUGCAUCACAGGCCCUGUAGGCCAAACAUGUGACCCCCGACACAUUUUGAGACCUUUGCUCGCUGAUAUGGCCGAGCAAAAGUAAAUUUGUCGUGAGAUGAAAAAUAAUUUUUUUGUACAGAGAAUAAUGUUACCUACUGUAAAUGGAAGUGAAAGAGCUGAAUUAAAACUUAAUCAUGACACAAAAAUAAAAGUUUGUUCAAGGAUGUUUUUUCUUCCUUCAUACAUAAUAUUAUUGAGAAAUGCAUACAAAAUAAUUAGCCGACUAGUCGACGCUCUCUACCGGCUAGUCGCCGACAGUUGCCGACAGGUGCCGACAGCGCCCGGCGCACACUCCUGCUUGUGAUGACGACAAGUACCGAAUACUACACUACACGCGUACAACUGUUGCAUUGUAAGGGUUAGACAUUAUCGAGUGCGUUUUAUAUACAAACGUUUUAUAAUAGAUCCAUAACAAUGUUAAUACCAAGUUAUGCAGCGUUUCAUACUUUACAUUAUGUAAUCUCAUCAUAACAAUAACAAAACUUUAAGGAAAAGAACCUAGUCAAUAUAAGACGCCAACAUUUUAUUUUUUAUAAUAAAAGUCGCGCAUGUGUUUGUGUGCAAAGUAUCAGUAUACGCGCUACACACAACAACAACUGUAAUACCAACUAAUUAUAUUAAUUAUAUUAAACGGUUGUUGUAAGGCAACACAAGAACCGUUUAAUACUAUAACUUAAUUUCAUUCAAAUAUGUACGUGAAUAAAUAUGUUACAAUGUAUUUACCUUUUAAGUUUGAUAUUGUAAUAAUAAUAAAUCACUUUAUUACACCAAAAACGAAAUAACAAAAUUUUACAAAAACAAACCAAGUAAAAAUAGAAACAAUGGUGUAACGACGGCCUUAUCUCUAAAGUGAUAUCUUCCAGGCGACCGGUAAUUAUAAGGAGUACACGUUUACAAAGAUAAUACAUAUUGUAGUUUUGUGAUAUAAGAGUACGUAGUGAGCAGUGCGGGUGACGGGGGGGGGGGGGGUCAUACACGCCUACACCCAGACCUUAUAUAAUUAUAAAUAUAGAUCAGCAUUUAAACCUCAAAGGUAAUUGCCCAUCCCUAGCCCUGGCCUACCCUAACCACCCGGCAAUCCACCUGAAUCUAAAAGAACAUUACACUAUAAUAGUGAUGAAGCAAAGAUCGUUGGCCAUACAGCCUGAGUUUGACGACAUUUCUGAAGCCUUAUGAUACGUUUCUUUGUUCGUUCUCUUGUUUGUUAAGCUUGUUGAUAACAGAAAAAAAAAUUAUACAGCUUCAAAGUAAAUAAAUGUUGUUUCGCCGCUUUGGUACGCUUUGGUUUGGCCAACUUUUUGAGCGAGAAGAAUGAUAAAAAAACGUUUCAUACGUUUAUUUCACCAGAUCCUUAUUAUCAUUUCCGUAUACUUUUACACGGGGGUAUACCUGGGUUCCUGGGGACGACUUUGUAUCGGUAUUCCCCUUUCUGCAAAGUAAAGUGAACUUUAAACAGUAUUGAUUAGGUCUAUUUUACUUUGAAGAAAAUAAGGUUUAAAUUUCAAUCCAUGUUUAUGAAUAUGGGGGUAAGAGUAUUAAGAAUAACUAACAAUUCUGAUAUUUCCAUUUUUUAUAAUUAUUAUUAUUAUUAGUCUUUGAGUAAUUAUUAUUAUUGUUUUGAUAUAAGUAAGUGCAUAUUCCAGAGUUUAAUCUAAUUGUAAGGAAUGUAGUUAAUAAUAUUAACAAUAUGUAUAUCGCAUUGUACAAAGACAUUAUUGAUGCAUUCAAAUAAAUGUGUAACGAAACUGCC